GGCUCAGUCUCCCACGAGCCAGAGGCCGGGAGAAGGGCAGAAGGGGCUUGUGAGGUCCAACCCCGGGCUCCUUUUUCGCCCCUGGGACAGAUACAGGACCCCCUAACUUCCUCAUUUCCCUUCUCCCCACACGCGCACCUAGCCGCUAGUGCGCUCCAGCCCCGCACACCCGCGCGGGGCACAAACGCGCCUGGAGGCAGGUCGGGCCGAAGGCGAUGCGUGCAGGUGGCUGGGCAGCUCUGCUCAGGCGGCGGGAGUAGAGCCCAGCGUGGAGGCAGGGAGGCUGCGGGGUUAGAGCCGCGGGCCGCGCGGGGCAGAGGCCGCCUUCGCUCCACCUAACACCUGCUGCUGCUGCUGCGGGCCGCGAUGAGCCGCGUGGUGUGGCUGCUGCUGGGCGCCGCGCUGCUCUGCGACCAAGGCGCCUUUUGCCGCCGGGUCGUCAGCGGGCAAAAGGUAUGUUUUGCUGAUUUAAAGCAUCCCUGCUAUAAAAUGGCCUACUUCCAUGAGCUGUCCAGCCGAGUGAGCUUCCAGGAAGCACGCCUAGCUUGUGAGAGCGAGGGGGGAGCCCUUCUCAGCCUCGAGAAUGAAGCAGAACAGAAGUUAAUAGAAAGCAUGUUGCAAAACCUCACAAAACCAGGAACAGGAAUUUCUGAUGGUGAUUUCUGGAUAGGACUCUGGAGAAACGGAGAUGGACAAACAUCUGGUGCUUGCCCAGAUCUCUACCAGUGGUCUGAUAAAAGCCAUUCCCAAUAUCGAAAUUGGUAUACCGAUGAGCCUUCCUGUGGAAGUGAAAAGUGUGUUGUGAUGUAUCAUCAACCAACUGCCAAUCCUGGCCUUGGGGGUCCCUACCUUUACCAGUGGAAUGACGACAGGUGCAAUAUGAAGCACAAUUAUAUCUGCAAAUAUGAACCAGAAAUUAAUCCAACCGCUCCUGUAGAAAAGCCUUAUUUUACAAAUCAACCUGGAGACACCCAUCAAAAUAUUGUUGUUACUGAAGCAGGAAUAAUUCCCAAUCUGAUUUAUGUUGUUAUACCAACAAUACCACUGCUCUUAUUGAUACUGGUUGCUUUUGGAACCUGCUGUUUCCAGAUGCUUCAUAAAAGUAAAGGAAGAACAAAAACUAGCCCAAACCAGUCCACAUUGUGGAUUUCCAAGAGCACCAGAAAGGAAAGUAGCAUGGAAGUAUAAUAAGUCACUGACUUGACUCCAGAAAAAAUUUUGUAAUUCUGGAUUUGUAUAAGGAAUGGCAUCAGAACAUUAGCUUGGAAUGGCUUGAAAUAUCAAUGGAUCUGCAAGAUGAACUGUAAGCUCCCCCUUGAGGCAAAUAUUAAAAUAACUUUUAUAUGUUUAUUAUUUCAUUUACAAAAUGUGCUGUGCUAAAAAAAAAAGAGUGAGACGUGCUUAUUUUGCUAAAAGGAUGCACCGAGACUUCAAGUCAAUGGAAUGGACCAGCUAAAAUUGCUAACAACACAUCAGGAAUAUGUGUGUUGAAAGCAGUUAUUUUUAUUUCUUUCACUUUUCAUAAGUUAUAAUCUAGCUAAUGUAAUGUAGAUUGUAUUGAAGUUUACAGUGUGCAAAAUAUUUUACCUUUGUGUAAGUGUUUGAUAAAAAUGGACUGUUCUAAUAUUUAUUUUUAUGGUGUUUCAUUUUUCAAUUCAUGCUGUUUGAUUAAACAAAUUUCUCACUGUUGUCAUCUGAAUUCCCAUAUUCACAAACUAUUAUCAUAGAAGAAAGUUUUUUUUUUUUUAAUAAAUGGUUCGUUUUCUUUCAGUUUUUCUGCUUUUUGUCAAUGUUUAGAAAAUCCCUUCAGAAAUAAGAAACUAUUUCAUUAACUGUGGUAUAAAUCUACUCAAAUAUUUUACUUAGAGGCAAGAAUUGUCUAAUUUCAAUUGUGCAAGACAUGUGCCUUACAAUUAUUUUUAGUUUAAAAUUCAACAGAUUUUGUAAUAAAAUAACUUAUUAAUAACUGUCUAAACAAUAAAUAUACUCAAUUUAGAACAAAAGAAGUGGCAUACACAAUAUAAAUCGUAUGUCUUCACAUGUUGCUUGUAUAACUACCAGUGGCUCUCUGAGGGUUCUGGAAUUAAUGUGGUCCUUCCUUUACCCAUAAACCAACAAUGGUUGUUUGGGGUCUGGGAUUAACAUGGAGGCAGAUAGCUGCAGAGCUGGUCUAAGGUUACCCUUGCUGUGUUUAUCUUCUGUGAGCAUAUAUAGAAGUCAUAGAGGUGGGACCAGGUGAGUGGUCACCAUCUGUGUGAAGGUAAUCACAGCAAACUGACAUUUCAGCAAGGAAAGAGCCCAUGAAUUAGUGUGAAAAUGGGUUGAAGGGGAUCAGUGAUUGGGUUUGAGAGUUUGGCUGGGAGAGAAAACUGAAGCUUGUUUCUGUCUUCUAGUUUCUUCGAUGUUUGUGAUUCCUUCUUCUCAAGAGAGAGUUGUAACUAUCUGGUCUUCAAAUGUCCCUGUGCUCCUUUUAACCCAAUAAAAGAGUUCUUGUUUCUGAAGAA